AUGCUUAUAGAUGAGGAAAUAUAUACUGAUCUGUUAUCAGAAGAGGAUAAUUCCUGUGAUAGUGAAAAUGAUUUGGACAGUGGGAGCGAUAUAAUUGUGAGACGACUCAAAAAUAAAAGAAGACUAAUAAUUAGUGAAUCUGAAAGUGAUGAAAAGAAUUCAGUGGCAAAUGAUUGGUCAGAAGUUGAUUUUAAACCUGACUUUCAUGCUUGCCUGGAACGGUUUGGGUUACAGGUACCAUGCACACCCGAUAUAUUAUCAACUGUGGAAUUGUUCAUUGAGGACGAUUUAUUUAAUUUGUUUGCCACACAAACAAACUUAUAUCAUAAUCAGCARAAUAAUGAUAACAAUAAUGCAUCAACAAAGAAUAAAGAUGGGGUUGAUACAAAUGUUGUAGAAAUGAGAAAACUUUUGGGGCUUGUUAUCUUAAUGGGAAUAGUAAAAGAAACCAGAACAAGACGAUUAUUGGUCUACUCACCCUGGAUUACAUACACCUAUUUUUGGGAAUACUAUGCCAAGGAACCGAUUUCGGCAGUUAUGGAAGUAUUGKCACUUCAGUAA